AUGGUGGCGUCGACGAACUCACGGCCCCAGUCCGUGAGACGGUUAAAAAACAACACAAAAACUACCAAAAAUCAUCGAUUCGAGCCGUUCUCGCAGCGCGUCGCAAAGCUUAAAAUCGACCCGAUUCACCGUGUGCGCCGGCCGAGUUUUGGCGAAGAAGGAGAUGAGACGUCUUCAUAUUUCAGAUCGGCUUUUGACCACUGGUCCGAGUUGAAUCUGUCCGAGAAUUUUUCCCAGUUUGCCCGUCGAGUUAGCCCGUUAUCCGAGAGUCUUGCUCAGAUCUUGUACCAUGAAGAAAGGAUUAUGGGAUUGCUGGUGGAGGGUAUCGAGAAGAGGGACGAGCAUUCCAUGGAGGCAUUUCUGAGUCUUCUUGCGCAGUUUGCGAGGGACCUGGGGGUGCGGUUUGAGAAGCAUUUCGCGACUGCUGUGACGCUGGUGGCUUCGGUUGCUGCUACACACCCGGAGGUUGAGGUGGUCGAAUGGAGUUUCUCCUGUAUAGCAUGGACUUUCAAGUUCCUUUCGAGGCUAUUGGUUCCGGAUUUGAGACAGCUUCUGGGUAUUAUGGCACCCUAUCUAGGGCGAGAGCGCCAAAAGCCGUUCGUGGCCCGUUUCGCCGCCGAGUCGAUGUCCUUCCUCAUCCGCAAGGCCGGCCUUGUCUAUUACAAGAACAAGGAGCCCCUCGAGCUUGCGACAUCCUUUUUACUGAACGACCUGCGAGAGACAGCGGCGAGUUCGAAGAACGUCGAGGCAUACAAGGAGGGACUGAUGGCUAUGUUCUCAGAUUCGAUCAAAGGAGUCAAAGGGGGAAUCCAUUCCAACGGAACCGAUAUCUUGAGCUGCUUCCUAGAGAAGACAUAUGCGGAGGAUGAUCUACAACGUGGACUAGCAUUGGAAGUCGCUGGUGGUAUCGUCAUGAACCUCUGCCAUGACACGACUGCCGCGACGUUCGAGCCUAUCCUAAACACCGUCACAUCAUACAUCGAGACCCAUUCCAAGAAGCAGGACAGUCGCCGCGCCGAGAUCUGCUGUCGCCUACUGUUCCUAUGUGUUACAACCCGUAAGGGUUGUAGGGUGAGCAACUGGAAGACCGUUCACGAGACUUUGCUUCUCUUGCUCCAGAAGGCUGCAGCCGCACUAAGUGCGUACGCUGGCUCGAUGCCUCAACUUCUAACGACGGUGGCCUAUGCACUCCAGGUGUCUCGUAUGGAUGUGAUGCUACCAUUCAUGCGACCUCUCAUGGAUGCUGUCGCGAACGACAAAUUCUCAGCCUACUUCUUGUCUUUUUGCGCCACAUUUUCAGAAUAUGGAGCUGAGAGAUUCCAUGGAGUUGUCCUUCCUUAUUUCCAGAAGUUUGUCAACUCUUCAUGGCGCGAGCAUGAGUAUGAACUGUGCUUGACAAUACUGCGCUUGAACCAGGCCGGCUGUGUCACCUCCGAGUCAUCUAAGCCUGGCUACAUCACUUGCCCUACCUCUUGGAAGUCUCGUAUAAAGGAGACGUUGAACCAAUCCAGCCCCGACGUUGCAGAAGUCGGUUUAAUGAAUGCGUACUCGAAGCUUCCGAAGGCCAUAUUGUUGUUUUCCGACCCGUCUAUUCAACCUGAUCUUGUCCGGAGCCUGCACGAUCAUUUAACCCAUGCAUUGACCGAUAACGAAUCUGAGCCAUCAGUCACAACCAAGUUCUUCCUUGGCCAAGGAUUCAAAGCCUAUGUCGACCUUGCGGCCGAGUCUGACGACCUCGAUUUGAAACUCUGGGAUUCUAUCAAGAAAGUGGCCACGAAAUAUUCCCGCCUUCCCUUCUUCCUCGAUGCAGUCUUGUCCUACGUUUCAGCUUGUUCGAAGACCUCCGGCUUCAAGGAGUCAAUAUCGGAUGACUUUGCUAAUGCCUUAAUUACGAACCUUGCCGGCCCGUCGCAUGAAUCACGAUUGCUGUCCCUCAAGGUCCUGCAACAACUACUCCAGGCCAUAGGCGAAGAUGGCUCUCCGCUAUCUCUAGCCAUUGAGAUUGAAGAGAGCCCUCUCAACAUAGAUACUGCUCGUGUCAUCUCCAUGCAACUACGUAAACUCGUCAUCCUUUACCCGCAAAUAGUUUCUCGCAGAUGGAUGGCCACCUUGAUACCUCAUUUCUGCUUCGGUUUGUUUUCGAAGAAACUUGGUCCUCUCUGGGAUGAUGCAGCCGAGGCUUUGAAGACGAUUAGUGAACAUUCAGAGGGAGAGAAUAUUGUUUCGGACAUCGCGAUUCGAUGGCUCCACGAGCGUGGUCCCGACGUGCCGGACGAGGAGACCGAAGAGGACGACAUCGACCCCCGCGCGUAUGGAGAAUACGGGUGCUUCAACGCUGCGAGAAUCGAGAGAGUGCAGGGUGCAAACUUUUCAGCUACAGUGCAGCCGGUUGCAGUACUGCAACGAACCCUCGACAAGGAACACGAAUUUGCAGAGGUCCUCCCCACUACUCCUCGCGCCCACGCUCUUAAGGUUCUCAACGCAGCUCCCAUGAUAGCUGAGAAACGGUCUCGUCAAGUCAUUCCAUUGUUUAUGUCAUGGGCUCAGCAUGAUGAGGAGGAUACUGCGCACUUGGAACCCGAGUCCGACUCAUCGGAUAUGCCAGCACAUGGGGAGUAUGUUCCCUGGGGCUUCAAGGAUCGUUUGUCAUUCCUUGCCCUCUUCGGACGAUUUAUCAAUCCCAAGGUCUUGUUCAGGGCACCCGAGGUUCACGAUGCGCUGCUGGGAUUGCUUUGUCACGGUAAUUCCGACAUCCAGCGAUUGUCCCUCAAAGCUUUGUUCACUUGGAAGUCGCCAAGCAUCCUGCCGUAUCAGGAGAAUUUGUUGAAUAUCCUGGAUGAAUCAAGAUUCAGAGAUGAGCUAUCUGCUUUUGUCCAUGUCGGCAAAGACGAUAGUACUAUCGAGGAGGGGCACAAGGGCGAAGUCUUGCCUGUCCUUCUGAGACUUCUCUACGGUCGAAUGAUUUCGAAGGCGAGCGCAAACGCAGGACAAGCAGGACAAAUUGGGCGGAGAAAGGCUAUUCUGCGGACUCUGUCCCACUUGCCAGACCAAUACUUCGCGCUUUUCAUGCAGGUCUCUUUUGGCCCUCUUGGAGAAGUGCAAUUGGUCAAGGAUGGUGAAGUUGACCAGCAGCCGUUUCAGCAGGAGCUUGCUAGUCUUAGGAGGCAGAUGGGUCUGUUGAAGUUAAUUGAGUCCGUGUUCGACACACUCCAGGCCCGUGUGACUCCAUUCGCUGAGAGCUCUUUGAAUGUGGUCCUGUACUGUCUCGUCAGAGCGUGCCGAACUCUUGAGAAAUCGCAGAGCGCCGGUGCUACUGAGGAAAAAGUGCUUUUGGCGCUACGCAACCUUCGGCACACAUGUAUUCGAUGCCUUGAGCUUAUCUUUUCUGUCUCGCUGGAUCGAGACUGGACCCCUUACGUUCGCAUUAUUUACGAGGAUGUGAUCAACCCUAGACUGGAGAACUUUGCCAUCGAAACGGCUCAGGGUGUAUCGGGUCUUCUCCGGCUUUUCCACACCUGGGCUUCUUCACCGAGAUCUUCCUUCUACCUCGUGCAGGAGAAUAAACUUGUUUUGACAAAGGUUGUUGAUACUCUUGGGGUGGACUCAGCCCGUGAUGCCGUCAAAAUCUUCGUGAUGGACGAAGUGCUGGUGCCACUGAUUGAGCAUUCUAGCGGCAAGAAGCUAGAAGAGGAAGAGGAAAUGAGUGACUUCUCGCCGGAGGAAAUCCGCUCGACCGUCCUGUCGCCUUACAUCGAACACGCCCUUUCUCACCUCAGUCGCCUUCUUAGGAGAGGUCCCUCGCGGCCUGUGUUGGUGUCGGGCGUCCAAACCCUGUCUCUCCUCGCCCCGUGCGUCGAGUCUUCGCGCGAGACCUCAAGCUUGAUCAGCAUCACGACGUACCUUCUCCGCCAGCCUGCAGACCGUGUCUCCCCCAAGACCAAGUCGGGCUUGUUGCGCAUUCUCGAGCACUUCUUACCAAUUUACAAGCCCAGUGAGGACCCGGAGCUUUCUCAAUCCGUAUUUGAGGCUAUCUCGGCCACUUUCGACUAUUUCAGAGAUGACACGAACCGAGAAGUGCUUUCAAGAGUAUUCAGUGCAUACGCGAAACAUGACCCCGAACUCGGCGAGGUCGCACAGCUGUGCGAGGACUUGAAUUCAAGAUCUUUCAAGAAACUCGGAGCGGACUAUGAGCGUCGCCUCCAGGCCUUCAGAAGGAUUAACGAGGAUCUCUGGAACAACUUGAACGCAAAGCAAUGGCGGCCAUUGCUCUACAACAUGUUAUAUCACAUGAAAGACGAAGAGGAGCUGGCUAUCCGAGGUAGCGCCUCGUUCGGAUUGAAGCGUUUCAUGGAGAGGGCCAUUCUCCCGGUCGACGCGGGCGUAGAAGACUUCGACACCCUUGUGAGCAAGACUCUCUACCCUGCUCUACAAGGCGGUGCCCGUCAGAAAUCGGAGUUGAUUCGGUCUGAAUACGUGGCUGCGCUUGGCUACUUUGUCAAGUUAAACCCGGAAAGGCCUGCUGUUAAGGAUUUGCAUGUUCUUCUUGUUGGUGAUGAUGAAGAAGCGUCUUUCUUCAACAACAUCCUUCAUAUUCAGCAGCAUCGCCGUCUCCGUGCUCUGCGCCGCUUGGCUAGCGAGGCUAUCAAGGGCGAGCUUCAGGCAGUGAACAUCAGCACAAUCUUCAUCCCGCUUGUCGAACACUUCGUGUUUGACGACGAGGAGGGAGAUGAGAAUACCCACAACCUGAUUGCUGAAGCUGUGACAACCCUUGGAACGCUUGGUGAAUCUCUCGACUGGAACCAGUUCAGAAACACCUUCCGGAGAUACCGUGGUUACAUGGAAAGCCGGUCUGAAAUGGAGAAGAAUGUUCUGCGACUCCUGGGUAGAAUGGCAGAUGCCCUGACAAACGCGAUGAACCAGUUGAAACCUCCGACUAAGUCUGAUGACGACGACGCCGCUGACGACGACGACGAAAUGGCAGACGACAAUGACGCCGCGGUGCCUGCGAAAUCCAAACUCGCUCGAUCCCUCCCGUCUGCCACUAAAGUCGCCAACGAACUGACGACGAACUUCACUCCCUUCCUGACCAACUUUAUCCAUUGGAAGGCUGAGGCGCAGAUGAGUCUUCGUUUGCCAGCAGCGGUUACCACCAUCAAACUGCUGAAGUUGCUGCCCGAACAAGACAUGGCCAUCCGUCUGCCCCCUGUCCUCCUGGACGUCUGCAGUAUCUUGAAGAGUAAGGCUCAGGAUUCUCGGGAUACCGCCCGGAAGACAUUGAACGAUAUUUCUUUUCUCCUUGGACCUGCCUACUUCGGUUAUAUCCUCAGGGAACUGCGGAAUACGCUCAAGCGAGGCUACCAGCUCCACGUUCUUUCGUUCACAGUUCACUCGAUGCUUGUUUCUACCACGGACGACUUCAAACAAGGAGACCUGGACUACUGCCUGCCUGACCUGGUUUCCGUGGUCAUGGACGAUACCUUCGGUACCGUUGGUCAAGAGAAGGAGGCGGAAGGCUAUACCAGCAAGAUGAAGGAAGUCAAGAGCAGCAAGAGUUACGAUUCCAUGGAACUGCUGGCUAAGAACUCUACUGUCCCGAGCCUGUCGAAGUUGACCAGACCGUUGCAGGCCCUCUUGCAGGAGAAGCUUAACGCCAGCAUGGUCAGAAAGAUCGACGAACUUCUACGAAGAAUCGGAAUCGGUCUCCUGAGGAACCCGGGCGCUGAAAGCCGUGAUCUUCUGAUGUUCUGCUACGAAGUCACUAAGGAGUCUUAUAAACAGCCCGUUCAGGAUGACAAUAAUAAGCCCGCUGCUCCUGGUUCCAGCGAGUAUCUCUUGAUCAAGUACGAAGGUGCCAAACGGGGCGAGAAGCGCGGAACCACUUCGUCGUAUCUCUACAAAUUGAACCGGUUUUCGCUCGAUGUCCUGCGAGCAGUCCUCAACAAGUUUGGGUCUCUGAUCACUCCGGGUAACAUGGCUGGUUUCCUACCCAUCAUUGGUGAUGCUUUGGUGCAGGCGCACGAGGAGGUGAAGAUCUCCGCUCUUCGGCUGCUGUCAACUAUCAUCAAGCUUCCUCUGGCUGAGAUUGAUAACAACUCUCAUGUGUAUUUCACCGAAGCCGUCAAGGUCAUCAAGGAAGCACCAAGCACAAACACUGAAGGUUCUCAAGCAGCCCUGAAGCUGAUCUCGGCCAUGCUGCGCGAGAGGAAGAACACGAAACUCAGGGAGGGUCAUCUUUCCUACCUGCUCCAACGUCUCACAUCCGAUAUCGAAGAGCCCGAUCGUCAAGGUGUGACCUUCAACUUCAUCAGAGCCGUCAUGGCCCGCAAAUUCGUGGUGCCAGAGAUGUAUGAGCUAGCAGACCACAUCGCAACCAUGAUGGUGACGAACCAGACGCGCGCGGCUCGGGAUCUGGCACGCGGUGUCUAUGUGCAUUUCUUGAUCGAGUAUCCUCAGGCCAAGGGUCGUUGGACCAAGCAGCUUAGCUUCUUGGCUAAGAACCUCGAGUACAAGCACGCUGAUGGCCGUCAAUCGGUUAUGGACGCGCUACAUAUGCUCUUGUCGAAGACGGGUUCUGCUCUUGCGCAGGAUAUCGUCGGUACUUUCUUCCUGCCGCUAGUUAUUGUCAUGGCAAAUGACGAUGCGCCUGAAUGCAGGGAGAUGGCGGGUGCCUUGCUCGGAGAACUCUACAGCAGGGCAGACCGGGAGCAGAUGAAGACCAUUCUCAGUCCUAUCCACACAUGGCUUGAGCAGACAGACAACAUGCUCCUCUGCAGCACCGGAUUGCAAGCCAUGCGGAUCUACUUCGAAGCCGAGGAGACAGAGAAAGAAAAACAGGCGCGAUUCGUCACCGAUGUCCUCCCUGAACUCAUGCAGCCGAUCCUCAAGGAUGAGUCGACCGACAACUGGGAGACGCUCUACUUCUCUCUCCAAUUGUACCUCAAACUCUGCAAGACAGUCCCCUUCAUCGCCAUGUCAAAGCAAUGCGCCACGAUCUGGUUUGCCAUCCGCGAGUGCCUCUUCUACCCGCACGCCUGGGUCAAAACCUGCGCCGCAAACCUUGUCGGCAUGUGGCUCGCGGACGUCGCCAAGACAAACGCAGCCAACGGCUUCGGCUCGAUUCCUCUGGUCGGAAGUGCAGAGUUGACUCUCGAUAGAGAUGCGAUGUUGCAGUUACUCCGUGCCAGCAUGCGCUGUCUCCGGACUCCCCGUGUCAGCGAGGAACUUGCAAUGCAGACCGUCCGCAACAUCGUCUUCCUCUGCCGAUGCAGUGCCCAGAAUGGUCUCGAAUUUUCCAACUUGGGAAGCAAGGACGCGGAACUCGACGAAAGCGUUUCCGAAGACGAAGACGCCGAAGCUGAUGCCGACGCCGCUGCCGCCGAAGCAAAGACAAACGGACACGCCGACGGCGAGAAGGAGAAUCCAACGUCAAAGACCGCAAUCCGCUACGUCUUCGAACAAGCCUCCUCAAUCCUGCGCCGCGAACUCGUCAAUACGCGUGCGGUAGCCCUCGUUCCCAGGACCGCAUCUGUCGGUCUUUUUGCGGCGCUCUGUCGGCACCUCGAAGCAGAACACAUAUUGCCUUCCCUCCCAAUUAUCCUCCUUCCCCUGCAGCAUCUGACCGAUACCUCUAUCCCGGCGCCACGGUCGUCGGACUUGGAGUUCCGUGAAACUUACAAGGCCCUUGUGUCUAAUUGCCAUGAGGUCCUUGAUCUUAUUCAGAAGAAGCUGGGUACCACCGAGUACAUCACUCAGAUGGCCGCCGUGCAGGACUCCAUCCGGGAAAGGCGUGAAGGUAGACGGGUCAAGAGACGUAUUGAAGCUGUUACGGAUCCUGAGAAGUAUGAACAAGACAAGAGAAGGAGAAAUGACCGCAAGAAGGAUAAGAGAAAGGAGAAGGGGAUGGAAUUCCGUGGAAAGAGACGGGGUUGGUAA